AAAAAUUAAAAUAUAUAUAUAUUAAUUAUGUUGUUUAUGCUAUUUUUUUUUUCAAACCUAUAUCAAUAUAAUUUUUUUCUUCACCAGAUAUUAAUUACCUAACAAAUUCACUUCACCAAAUAUAUAUUGUCCGGCCUCUCUUACCUUUGCCGACUCUUCAAUGUACUCUAUACAUAAAACCAUAAAAAUUAAUUAAUAUAAAAGUUUUAAAGUCAAUUUAUAGGGUUUAAUGAUAAGGUUGCACACAUAAAGACAAUUCUUUUCUUCAAAUAAAAUAGUUUAAUAUAUUAAUUAUUUUCUUGCCAUUUUGCAUAAAUAAGCACUCGUUAAAGAAUAGGAUAAGUAACCCCGGCCAAAGAUCGAUCCAAAAUACAUCAAACAUUUCCAUGUUGAAAUUUAUAAUAAUAUUAUUAUUCCUUUCAUAUAUCAAUCUAGUUAGAUACAGCCAGAUUUAAUAUUUUUAUAUAAGAAAAUAAACUUAAAUAAAAAGGAGGUCAAUAACACUAAUAAUAGAUCAACUUCUCUCCAAAUGGUACAAAAAACUGUGUUAAAGGUUGAUCUUUCAUGUCUAAAAUGCAAGAAGAAGGUUCUCAAAGCAGUGUCUACACUAGAAGGUGUUGAUAAAAUAGAAGUUGACGGAGCCAAGGGAACCCUAAGUGUUACCGGCAAUGCUGAUCCAUACAAAAUUAUAAUAAGUGCGAGAAAAGUUGGGAAACAUGCAGAUGUGGUGAGUAUUGGGCCUCCACCAAAACCGGCGGAACCCCAAAAGAAAGUUGUGGUAGAAGAGAAGAAAAAUAGCUCGGAUGAGAAUAAGAAUAAAAAUAAAAAUAAAGGUAACGAAACAGAAAUAUUGAUUCACAAUCCUCACACUUGUCUCCAAUGCGAAACCCUAGUUUUGGUACCAAUGGAUCGUUGGAAUGAGCCUUACCCUUCGUGUUCUAUCAUGUAACAAUGAUCAAUUCAUGCUUAUUAUAAUUUACUUCUCAUAUGUAGCUCAACCUUCUAGAUAAAUUGGAGUAGUAUAUAAUAUACAUAUAUAUGUAUAUUAUAUAUAUGUAUAUUAUAUAAAUAUAUGUAAAUUAUAACUAUUUAUAUCUUGUGUGAAAUGGGUGCCGGAGUGUAAAACGAUUAUCAGUGAAGAAAUCUAUUGAGGUUUGAGAGUGAAUACAUCAACUUUGUUUAUAAACGACAGCAAAAAUAAGAAAACGACAACAAAAGGAGAAAAACGACACUGGACAAUAUAAAAUAAAGGUGAGAUCUCCUUGGUGAAAAUGAUUCAAAUUGUGGUCUAGAUUGAAUCAGCUGAACAAAUUAAAUUUCUGUUUUAUCUGAUGCAAGGAUUUUGGUAAACUCUUUCUCUGGAAGAUAACGGCUGCCUUGUUGGUUUUUAUGGAGUCUUUCUAUUCUAGUCGUGUUUUUAGUUUAAUUUAAUCAAUGAGAUUGAAAUUUGUAAUUUAACUUUUAUUAGUAGAUUGCUAAGUUAUCUAGUCUUUCUAUUUUUAUUAUUAAAUAAUAAAUUAUAGUAUUUUUUAAUAUGUCAUAUUAACUUAUUGCGUGUGGCAAUUUUUGAGUUAGUC